CGAAAAAAGCAUACCACACAACCGCUUUUUUUUCACCCGCGAUUACCUAAGGAACUGUUUUCUUUUUGCUUUUUGCGAUAUCCCUCUUAAGUGCGUUGCAACACGCACGCAUUAACAACAAAAUUGUCAAUUUGUGCGCCCUCCGGCCGUCUGCAGUCAGACAAGCACGCGGCGGAGCCCAGUCCACAUAUAUCCACACACUUUAAGAUGCCCCGUCCGUGCCUACUGCUGCUGCUCGCAGCGUGCUUAGUUCACAACUCCUACGGGCAUGCACGUACGUUCACACGUUGCCAGCUCUCCCGGGAGCUACUUCGGUACAACUUUCCGAGAAGCCUCAUAGCGCAGUGGGUAUGCGUGAUCGAGCAUGCAAGCGGACGGACGACUGAAAAAGUGACCAACCACAACAACGCUUACAUUAGCUAUGGACUGUUUCAAAUCAACAACAAAGACUGGUGCAAGAAGGGCCGCAAAGGAGGGCAUUGCAACAUGAAGUGUGAAGAUCUCCUGAACGAGGACCUAGCGGACGACGUGCGGUGCGCCAAGCGCAUCUACGACCGCGUCGGCUUCAAGGCGUGGCCCACCUCCUACGCCUACUGCAAGGAAAAGAGCCUGCCCGAUCUGUCGCGUUGCUAACUCUACAUGCUCCAUCUACUUCACAUUUUCAUUGAACUGUCACCAGUUCUAUGGAACGCAAAGAAAGUUAUGCUGUAGGGGGAGGUUUGAGACGGGAGGGGAAAUCACUAAAUUUUAGCAGCACCUGAACAUAAACUCCAUAUUUUCCUCUAGCCGUCAACCAAUCAAAUGUAACCACGACGAAUGUAAAUUUGAUUUAUUAAAAUAAAGAUUCAAAAUGUAAUUGAAUGAGAUACCUUUUUAUAAGCCUCUGGGCAGUUAGAAGUAAAAUUUUACUUGUUAAAAGAUACGCUGCGAGCUGUUUUUGUAUUGCUUCAAACGCCAUUUUAUACUAGAAAUGUUUAUCCCUAGAACUCAAUUUUCGUCAGAUCGUAACGGUGGACGUAACUGAUAUAAACAUACGCGGUUUUAUAGUAAAAUUAGUAUGUCUGCUAGCUACGAGUGACCUUAUAUACUCCAUCUUCUAGUUAAUUUUAACCACAAAACCUUUAAUUUAUCAAACAACCCUCUAUAAUUUAACUAUUCUUCAAUAUAAACCUCUCCACUCUUCUCGUAUUAUUCCCCAAAUAAUAAUAGGUCGUGCCGUAUGACGUUCGCCAAACAUUGUCUAUAGUGACUACGCAUUUCUUUGUAGAAUUAUACGAAAAUUUUCCAGUCUUACAAAACGUGAGAAUACUCCCCAUGCAUCUGACAAAUGAAAUCUUAGGGUACCGGCACGUUCUGAUCGGUACGAAUUAGUUUAUGAUUAGGGCCCGAUUUACCAGGCUAUACGUUAGAAACUAACAAAUACAGGUCUAUAAUAAAAGGAAAAUAGAUCAUAGAUUCAUGCUAAACUAGAGACUGAAUUCCAGACAUGCCAUGAUAUUGAUGACGUGACGCCAAAUGCUAGAUCAGGCCCUGACAUUAAUGAUUAUAUCUUGACCCAGAUCACACUGUAUUCGAUACUGAUAGGCACUUCUUCGUACCGAUAUAUCUAUAUUUACACGUGCCAGUACCCUUAUAAAUGUAACGUCAUUUGAUUGGCAUCUCUCAUUUUCGUAAUUCCCGUUCAAUUAUAGGAAAAAUUGUUCAAGAACUUCAGUCCUAUUAACAAAAUCAUUUAGCAGAUGCCGGAAGUUCGCUAUUUAGAAUUCUUUUGCUUAUAAAAAUAUUUGGUAUUUUUUUUUACGUUAAGUACCUACAUCCAAAUGUUGUGAGCAAUUUUUUUCACUGAGUUAUAUUUAAGUAAGUAAAUAUUAAGCUCAAAUUUUACAUUUCACUGCCAAUUUUAUUUAGACUAUAGUUUAAUAAGAUAAGUCAAAAUGUAUAUUAGAAGUAAGAUUACUUUGGAGACUAAUUCAGUACCUAUAAUUACGAUAGAAUAAGAUAUCAGUAUAAGUGUCGUACUCAUAAUCAUAAUCAAAAGCUCAUUUAAUGAAUGUAACAAUUAAUGCUUUAAUCAUUAAAAAUGUUCACUGUA